AUGGAGAUGUCUCUACCGAAUGGUGUAGACGUAUCGCAGUUGGUGCAGCACCCAGUGCUCGCCGCGCUGCCGCCCUUCUUCUUGAGAGCUUCUGAACGAUAUCAGAGGACACCGAAAUGCGCUAGGUGUCGCAACCACGGCGUGGUCUCGGCGCUGAAGGGUCACAAGCGAUACUGCCGCUGGAGAGAUUGCGUCUGUGCCAAGUGCACCCUCAUCGCAGAGAGACAGCGCGUCAUGGCCGCACAGGUCGCGCUGAGGAGGCAGCAAGCUCAAGAAGAGAACGAGGCUCGGGAACUGAACUUGCUGUACGGCGGCCAGCCGUCGGCGGUGCCACAUCACUAUCCUGACCUGCCUGAUGAUGCACCAGGUUGGUUUACUGUGUUUUUGCAGCUAUUCGUUCAUAUUUUUCGAUUAAACGCGUACCCCAUCGUGAAUUUCAAGUUGCCCAUUAAUGCAAACAAAGGUUUGCGGAGAAAAGAACGCACCGAGGAGACCAAUUACGCGGCUCAAAAGUGCAGUGUUGCCACUUGUGACGGCUCCAGCUACUCCAAUACUCCAAUAGUGAUGGCAGGCGUUUUAUAUAGCUCUGCUAUUAUUAUGUUCAUUUGA